CGUUUGCGAAGAACGUCCGACUCACCUUCACCUCACAUUUGAGUUCUUGAGAUCAGCAAUCAUCACCACCCCGAAACUACGAAGUAACAUAGCCAUGGCAGUACGACUCCUGCGGCGGAUACCGCUCUAUCUGGCCAUCUUGGCUACAGCAGCCCUGCUUGUGUCUGCUGAAGAAGUGGAGGAAGAGCCGCCGUUCACAUUGUUUGCGUACUCGUUAUCUGCGCCAUAUAUAGAGGAGCAAUUGCAAAACCGGUGGUGGGAUUUUGGCGGCGACACCAUCAUGGAAGUCAACAACUACAUCCGCCUAACCCCCGACCGCGGCUCCAAAGCUGGCUACCUUUGGGCCAAGCAUCCCUUCACAACCAAAUCCUGGAUGACCGAGUUCGAGUUCAAAGUCCACAGUACCACAUCCGGGCUGCACGGGGACGGAUUCGCUUUCUGGUACACGUCCGAAAAAAACACUCGCGGCCCCGUGUUUGGGUCCAAGGACAAGUUCUCCGGGCUCGGCGUGUUCUUCGACACCUUCAACAACGGCCGGCACGCGCUACCCUUCCCACGGGUGAACGCCAUGGUCGGCGACGGCAAGACAGCGUACGACUACAAGGACGGUGUGACGGGCCAGGUGGGCAGCUGCGAGCUGGAUUUUAGGAACAAGGAGGAUCCGACGUGGGCGAGGGUCAAGUAUGUGCAAGAGACGAAGCGGCUGCAGGUGUGGUCGAAUGCGGGGAAUGCGGGGAGGAGGGAUGAGGAUUUCAAGCUGUGCUUUCAGGCGGAUAACGUGGUGUUGCCGCCGUCGGGGUAUAUUGGGUUCUCGGCGCAUACGGGAGGGGUGAGCGAUAAUCAUGAUAUUAUCAGUGUGAAGACGCAGGCUAUCACUGUCGUAAGUAUCCGUUCGUGUAUGCCUUGCGUUUGCGAGGGAAGAAGGGGGAGUCUUCAGCUUGCGGAAAUCACCGCCGUUGCAAGAUGUUCCCUCUAUCAUCCCAUCCUACAAUUACCAUAAACUAACC